GUUUUGGAGAAGGUUCAGGUUGCCAGAGAAUGUGAAGAUGGAGGAGGUUAAGGCUUCCAUGGACAACGGAGUUCUCACUGUGACUGUUCCUAAAGUUAAGGUUAAGAAACCUGAUUUGAAGGCCAUUGAAAUUUCAGGAAAUACUGAUGCGAAUCACUGAAGAACAGGGCCAGCAUGAUAAGCUUCCCUGCGUCAUUUAUGAUGGAUUCAUGUACUUUGCAGAAGCAGUGGCUUGCAAUCUGAAGCUACCAAGCAUUAUGUUACGGACUUCUAGUGCAACAGAUUUACUAACUUACUAUGCUUAUCCACGGCUCCAAGAAGAAGGUUAUAUUCCUUUCCAAGAGUCUAUGAAUUUGGAAUUAGUGCCAGGGCUUCUUCCCCUCAGAUUCAAAGAUUUAUUGCUUUCCAAGGCCCAAAAUAUAGAUGCCUUGCUGCAUCUAAUAGCUACUACAGGAAACGUAAGAACAUCCUCUGCUAUCAUUUGUAAUAGCAUGGAUUGCCUUGAACAAUCAUCAUUAUCACAACUGCAACAACAAUGCCAAGUUCCAGUUUUCUUGAUAGGCCCUAUACACAAGAUGGCUCCAGCCUGCUCGAGUAGCUUAUUGGAAGAGGACACCAGCUGCAUGACAUGGCUGGACAAGCAAAUUGAAAACUCAGUUAUAUAUGUAAGUUUGGGAAGCGUAGCAUCUGUGGAUGAGAAAGAGCUAGCAGAAAUGGCUUGGGGCCUAGCCAAUAGCGGACAACCUUUCUUGUGGGUAGUUAGACCUAAUGCGGUUCGUGGAUCAGAAUGUAGUGGUUUAUUUCCGUAUGGUUUCAAAGAAAUGGUUGGAGAAAGAGGUUGCAUUGUGAAAUGGGCACCUCAAAAGAAAGUAUUGGCACAUAGUGCGGUGGGAGGUUUUUGGAGUCAUUGUGGUUGGAAUUCGACCCUUGAAAGCAUCAGUGAAGGGGUUCCCAUGAUUUGUAGACCUUUUUUGGGGGAUCAAGGGAUCAACUCGAGGUAUGUCAGCCAUGUAUGGAGAGUGGGGCUUGAAUUGGAGAAUGAUUUGGAAAGAGGGGAGAUAAAGAGAACUAUAAAAAGACUGAUGGUGGGAAAAGAAGGAGAUGAGAUGAGGCAGAGGGCACUGGAUAUGAAAGCAAAGGCUCAACUUUGUAUAAGAGAAGGCGGUUCCUCCUAUGAUUCCUUGAAUGAAUUAAUGAACGUCAUCAUGUCAGUUUAAUUAUAUAGGUAAUUUAAUUUUAUCCCAAUAUUCAAAUUGAUGAAGUGAAGGUGGAGGUGCUUCAAAUAAGUGGAAAGAGGAACAUAGAAAAGGUAGACAAGAACAACACUUGGCAUCAUGUGGAACGGAGAAAUACCAAGUUCUCGAGAAGGUUCAGGUUGCCAGAGAAAGUGAAGAUGGAAGAGGUUUAAGUCUUCAAUGGAGAGUGGUGUGCUCACUGAUAAUUCCAUUGACAUUUCUGAUUAAAACUAUGAUUGUAGCCUUGUGUUUGAAUAAAAUUUUUUAGCCUCUGUUUAUGAUGAGUCCUGUGAUUUG